AUUGGUUUUGUGAGUAAUGCUUUGAAGUAGUUCGAUUCACCAAAGUUGAAUUGAUUGAACUCUUGAGUGGUAGCUGAAACAGUGAGAACAAUGAGAACAAUAAGGAUCACAUUUGAGAGUGCAUUCUUACCGAAACAUCAUCUGCGUUUUCCAUGCCAUCAUCGUUCCUCGGUGAGUAGCAACCACUGUAUUCUGGAGUCUCAUCUCUCGAACCAGCAAAUCCAUCUUCCUCAUGUAUGAAGAUGAUGGAGGAGCUCCAAUGCUUGUCUGAGAGCAGAAGUCUAUGGUGGUAGAACGUGAGGCCGAGACCAUGACUGUGUCACCAUCCCUUGGAUUCUGGAGCUGCGUGAAGGAGCUGAUGCCAUCUGCUUCACCUGUCGAUGAUGGCCCUCUACUUCUCCCCAGCUGUAACCUGGACUCCACAACUUGUCCUUCUUGACAGUACACAUAUCUUCCUUUCAUAUACUCCACCGAUGAGUCCUUCCUCCUCCCACUACCAUGCAUGUGUUUCUUCUCUCUUCUCCAAGCUCCUAUCUCCCUCUUACCACUGCAGCAAUCAGUUUCUGCGACCACCAAUGUUUCUGAACCAGAUGGCCUGCAAUAGGAUGCCGCUAUUCUUCCCUGCAAACUUGGUGCUGCAGACCGCUCAUGAAGAGAACCACCAGCAGCAGCUACACACCUCCACGUCUCCCCUGCUCCCCACCGAUCCACCACGAUUCGGAGGUGAGAAGCAGCAGUACCUUGCAAGCUGCGGCAUGGGAAACAGAUCCAUUCCCUUCUCGAGGGUGGAGGCCUGCGAGGAGAUGAAUGUGGAGGAGGACCUCUCCGACGACGCGCUGCAGCCGGGCGGGGAGAAGAAGAGGAGGCUGAACUCGGAGCAGGUGCGGACAUUGGAGAGGAACUUCGAGAUGGGCAACAAGCUGGACGCGGACAGGAAGAUGGAGUUGGCCAGGGCGCUGGGGCUGCAGCCGAGGCAGGUCGCCGUCUGGUUCCAGAACAGGAGGGCGAGGUGGAAGAUCAAGCAGCUGGAGAAGGACCACGACGAGCUCAAGAGGCAGCUGGAGAUCAUGAAGACCGAGAACGAAGCCCUGCAAGCCCGGAACAAGAAGCUUCUCUCCGAGCUUCUGGCACUCAAAGACAGGGAACCCUCCGAGCCCAUCAAUCUCAACAAGGAAACAGAGGGCUCAUCCAGCUCUGAUACCGAUUUGGAUUUCUCCAGGCGUAGGCCAUCGAGUGUCUCCCAACCACGUCGUUCCUCCAAGUCGGAGACAGCCAAGGAUGAGGGCUUCUGCAACAUGUUCUGCAGCACAGAUGAGCAAUCUGCACUCUGGGCGUGGUCAGAGCAACACAACUUCCAUCACUAGUGUUUGCACACUGGUGCAUGGUGAAGAAAGCUGCCUAUUUGAACUGGAAACAGGGGGGAGUGGCUAUGUACUAAAUAAUUAUUGAUGAUGAUGUAUCUUGUGAGUCAAUCUGUGUUACCUCUCUCUCAAAUUUAAGGUGGAUCCUAUUGGAUCAUGUAGGGUUUUUGACUUGCAUGUUUGUGGUUGUUCUACUUGCUGCUUGUUCUGCAGAUUAAUUCAUAGGUACAGGAAAAAGCUCUUUCUGCAGUUGGUGGGAAAGGUUGUUCUAACAAGGAAUGGCUUUCUUUAGCCUUACACAAACUUGGAUUCAAGAUAUGAAGGGAAGCAUGCAUACACUGGCAUGGCAUCCACUGUCCUACAACCCUCUGUGUAGAGAGAGAGAGAGAGAGAGAGAGAGAGAGAGAGGAUCCUAAGAACUACCAGUUGUGAUGUGCCACAUCUAUUUACCCCAAGCUUUUUUUGGUCACAAGAGGAACACCAAAUGCUAGUUCCAAGUUCUUGUCAUUCAGGUCUACUAAUGAUUUGCUUAUCUAUUA